UCUUCUUUUCGUCCGUCUGCCGCGCAGCGGCAGCGGUGGCUUCCACGUCUUUCUUUUUUGCUUCCCACCUCCCACCCGCCUGGGCAUCCGUACAUCGGUCUGCGGCUACUAAUUUUCAUCCGGCUGGCUUGUUCAUCCCGCUGGCCUGUUCGAUGUCUUUUGUGGUGUGAGCGAGGGACCGUCGCCCACACCCAAUCUUCGGGGAGUGAACCGCGGAAAUGUCUGUUGUUUUCGCCUUCUGUGGGGAAGUGAAGGCAGCACCGGUCUUCAUGCGACGACGCUGAAUGGCAGGUGGGCGGUGGUGCGGCCAACGGGCUGCCGGCGGUGGGCCUGGUGCCCGGCGUGGUGCCGUCGUCCGGUCCUGUUCUGGACCACAGCGCCCAGAAAGGACAAGCGUCUACUGGCGCAGCAAGGGUCGCUGGGCAAACGCCGCAAGCCGUCCAGGGGAAGCCUGCACGCCUUCCUGUCGGCUCUGCAUCGCCGGACGCCCGGGGACAGCAGCGAGGACUCCUCGGAAGCCACGACGGUGGUCACCACCGACGUGCCAAGGUCGGCACCGCUGCCCGCUGCACGAAGCGCACCGUCGGGAAGGCCGUCGGCUCGCAGUAGCCCUACCGCACUUGACCACAGAUAUCGAUAACGUCAACGAAGCAGACACUAAACCGAAGCCCAAUCGAACGAAUCAGCAACAAGCCGAGACCAACAACAACAAGAAUAUCACCAACAAAAACGGCGCCAAGAGCGAGACCAACAGCGGGAACAAGCCGGGAGUCCGAUUCAUCGCGGACUCCGAGCGGCCGGCAUCCGCCGGAGGCCUCUUGGAGACGUCCAAGAAGUCCGACGUUGUCCGUCCAGGCGUCGGUGGCACCAUCCUGGGACACCGGCGGCAGUCCAGUCUUGACUCGGGUUGCAGCCUUGACAUGUCCUCGUCCUCGUCGUCUUCAGGCAAGGGUUCACCAGACCCCGUUGCACCGACGCUCACGCCUCCGCCGGAGUUCGCCGACACGCCCAUCAUGGAGAGAAGACGUCGGUCCAGGAGGAGGCACACCUCAGGUGCUUCGACCACGGGUGCGGCUCCAGGAACCCUCUCCGGAUCACCGGGAGUGGGAGCGUACAGCGCUGUGCCGAAGGUACUGGACUCCAUACCACGCAUACCACGCGCCAAGGAGACGACAGCGACCACCGUGCCGCAGCCGUCGUCACCGGAAAUACACAUCAACUUCCGCAUUCUGCCCAGGGCCAAGGCACGUGGUGGAGCCAACGCCUCGGGUCCUUCGGUGUCUCGUUCCGAAAGCUGCCGUCCUUUCAGUGCAGAUGGCGCACCGGCGCCAGCUUUUAAGACCAUGUCCUGGGACCGGCACCUACUGUCCUCUCCUUCAGACCGCUACUUGGACGACUCCGAAAGACGCUGCCGGUCGCUGUCUCGUCCCGGUCGGUUGCCGUUUUCUUCCCACGAGGAAGGCAGCAAGAGGGAUCCCGAAUGGCUCGAGAUAGCGCGACGACGCCAGGCCACAGGAGUCGACUGGGAAAAUUUUGAGACCCGUAUGAAGCAGCCGCAGAGCAUCUCGUGCAGCAACCUGUCCGAAAGCCACAUGCGAGGCAAGGUGUCCACCCUGGCAUCUGCCGACCGGGCCGGCCUGCGCCUGGUGCGGUCUGCCAGCGCCCUUUAUCCUCGCAUCAAGAUGUCGCGCUUCGAGCGACGCAUGCGAAGGGAAAAUCCGAAUCCCUCGCCCGAGAGACGUCGCUCGUCGGACGAGUUCGUACUCGUGUCUUCGUCGUCUUCGGACGCCGCGUCGGCCGGCGCCAGUUCCACCGAGGACGAGAAGCCCAGCUUCCUCAACGUCCAGCUUCGACACGUCGAGAAGGCGCCGCCGCUCAACGUGGUUUUCCAGACGCGUGGUGGCGGCGGCGGCGGCGUCGGAGUCGCCGUCGAGCCCACCGCUCCCCGCGCCGCAUCGCCCACGUUGACGUGGAAGAGCCACCGCGAAGACAACGUGGCCGCCACCACGCCCUCGCCGACACGGCUGGACAGACCCUCAGGCGCGUCGGCUAGGGCUGAAAGAGCGGCUGCCAGCAAGAACAAAACUGCGUCGGAAUCGAUGGGCGUGGCGGAGUACCUGACGCCGAAGAAAGUCGAGCUCAUCGAGGCUCCGGCACCUGCGACCAAGAAGGACACCGGUGGUCAAGCACGUGGGAGUCCGACCCGAGCCCUUCCUUCCGAUCACGUUUCACGAGGUGCCAUCAGGGGUGGUCCUCCGCUACGAAGGAGCUCGAGCGUCCAGAUGCGUAGUCGUGAAGUCAUGUCGACGGGUCGGGCGUCGCCGUGGGACACAACUGACUCGGCCGUUACACCAUCCUGGAUCCUGGAGGCCGAGCGCAAGAAGAGGAGCGGCAUAGACUGGGCUCGCUUAGACAAAUCUCUGUCCCAGACCGGUGGCAAGCGGGUGACAAACUUGUCCAGCGAAUGUCUUCACCAGCCGACUUCGGCCACCGAAGUAGUGCCUGACUGGCUGAAGGAGAUUCGAAAAAAGAAACAGGAGGACGCCUCUAUCAGGCUCUCGAGGAGUUCAGAUGACCUUCCAUGUGCGGUGUUGCUGGAAAGCCUCAACUCCGGCGGCGCGGCCAACGUCUCCGAGUACGGCGGCCCGCGGGUACCGAGCAGCCGCCGAGAAGACUCGGUCGGCUGGCCCGACAACCUGAGCGCUCUGCUGGACGAAAUCUUCAGCGAGGCCGAGGAGUCGUGCACCACUCCGUUCCCGGCGCUGCUGCCAGCGAGCGAGUCGGCUGCGGACGCCCUGACUGCACCUUCACAGCAACAGGACGAGCGAGGUGACGCGGAGAUUUACGUCAACGUUCCCCUCAGGGUUGCCCGACCAGUCGAAGACGUGGAGGAAGAAGACGCGUCGAAGUCGCCCGCGCCGGUCGAAGCGGCGGAGCGUGGCGAGACCGGUAAAAGCUUGCAGACAGUUGACGGCGCGAACCGAGCUCCUACCGCCGCGGUUGCCACUCCGAGUAUUGCGGCCAUUCACGCCAUGCACUCGUCCAAGCAGGCGCUCAUGCAGGAGCUGAAGCACGUGCUUCAGAAACGCUACACCAUGGAGGUCCUCAGAGAGGAUAUUCUGAAUGAGGCUAACGUUAUCGACAGUGCCACACCACGUCCUCAUCCCCGUAGCCCAACCGAAGCACUUAGGAAGACGCCGCCCAUCGCUGCUCAGAGGUCCACCGAACAGCCGACUAGCACCGAAGUGAGCGGCGGUGGUUCUUCCAUUCCGCCGCCGCCUCCCAUGCCUCCGAGCGACUUCUGGUCAAAACCCAAGGAAGUUUGGUUCAAACAGCAGGUGCAGAAGCCCGGAGCUGGCGUCCUUGUUGCCCCUGUCUGUCAGCGAGACAGCUGAGACUCAGACACACCUCGCGGAU